AUGGAGCCCUUCAUCUCCCUCCACCCCGUGCGGCCGUACCACAGCUACAACCAGCCCAUCCCCAACGCCGAAGCCCUCCGAAAGGACUUCUUCAAACCCGGCAACCAAGGCAGCACCGAAGUCUUCAUGGUGAACACCUGGGACCCAACCACCGGCCGAAUCCGCCCAAUGUUGGACACCGAUGGUUCCAAACCCAAAGUGAUCGAGCGAAAGGGUGAAGACCACUUGUACCCCUUCCAAAUCUGGUUGCUGAAAGUCGCCGAUGAUGAAGUUUUGCUUAAGCACAAGGACAUCAUCGAGAGUGACUACACCGAUAUGUGUGCGCUCGCGCGGCAAUAUGCUGGAUCGUUUGAUGCGUCUAGAGAGGCGAAGGGGUGGGCGGAGAAGGUGGUAAAGGAGGCCAAGAGUGAGGUUGAGUAUUUGAAGACGAUGAUCAAGGAGAUGAAUGAGUUCCAGCCGCGGAUUAUGGGGUUGACUCCCGAGAUGCAUGAGCAGAAGAUGUACGCGGAGGCACAGGAUACUGGAAAGUUCGGAAGGGGGUGA